AUGAAACAUGAAUUUUUAAAAGUAAAUUGGUACAGAAGGGGGAGGGAUCUGCACACAUUUCCAUUGGAAAAAUAUAAAAGCAUUGACAUGAAUGGAUUAAUAUCAAAAUCAAUGUUCAGAAAAAAAUUGGUUACGAUAUGCAGACCUUUGAAGACUCAACAAAAGAAUGAAAAUUCAACGACGACCAUACCGAAUGAAAGGAAUUCAUGUAGUGGGCCUCCAUCCAACAGUAAUCAUAUGCAAAGCAUGUUUAUGUAUAUGGAGAAAGUAGGAAAAGAGAUAGAUGAGCACAUUCGUAGAAGGAAAUACAAAAGUGCAGUUGGAGGGUUGAAUAUUCCAACAAAGGAGAAUAUUUAUAAUAAGAAAGAAUUUAUGGGAAGAGAGUAUAUAUCUCAAAGAGGUAUAUAUACACGGAAUGGAAUGAAAUAUGGAUAUAGAAGAAGACCAUUUAUCAUACAUUCACGAAAUAGAAACAGGGAAUCACAAAUAAAUGACAUAAUGUUUUUAGUACAAAAGAAUGAAAGAGAUAUAAUUUUUUUCAAAUAUCUAUUUUUAAUUAAGUUGAUAAUUUUAUUAAGUGUAGUUUUUGGUUUUAUGCAUCUAUUUUCAGGAGAUUCCAUAAAUAAGUACAUAUCCAAAAGAAUUGAAAAGGUACUAGAUGAAAUUAAGAAUUCAUCGAAGGCACAAAAUAAUAUGAAAGAUAUUAUAAAUGAGUUGUUAUACACUGUAGUUAAUGAAGAAAAAAAUAAAAUGAUAACUUCAAAAUUUUUCAUUGAUGUAAUGCAAAACUCAAAAAAUGAAAUGGGAAAGAUAUUCACAGAAAUGUUAGAAACAGAAUAUGUAAAAAACAAUUUAAGAAAAAAUUUCGUAGAUAUAGCUAAUUACUUAUGUAAUAAUAAAGAUGUACAAAAAAAAGUUUAUCAUCUCUUAUCAGAAUCCAUACAUUUACCUAUAGCAAUUAACACAUCAGAAAAAUGGAUCAAUGCUUUAUUUAAAUCUGAAAGUGUAACAAAGAAUGUUAGAGAUGUCAUAUACAAAGAAAUUUUCAGCAAUGAUGAAAUGAUAAAUAAUUCCAUUAUAUACAUGCAGAAUGUUCUUUUCAACACUUUGCAAGAUAAAAAUACAAAAGAAUUGACAAAACUUUUUUUUGCGUCCGUCUUUUCAAAUCCAGAAUUUCAGCAACAAAUUUCUGGAAAUGUAUGGAAAAUUUUUAAAUUAGCUCUAUCUCCAAAAUGGAUGUCAUAUGAGGAUGGUGAUCAGCAGGAAGGGGUAAGAAAGGACAGACACCCUAUCCACAUCAAAAUAGACAAUAACGAGUCAUGCAACUUAACACACACGAACACGGGUGACAAAAAUUCCAUUGAACAUCUGCAGAACUUAUCAGUAGACAAUCCUUUAGAUGUCAACAAAAAGCAGAUCACCACUAUUAGUUGUGAUGUGUGUACAAGUGCUGGGCCGGCAGGAGGCAUCCAUCACCACGUGAGCGGUUACGAUGUGAGCGGUUACGAUGUGAGCGGUUACGAUGUGAGCGGUUACGAUGUGAGCGGUUAUGACAUGAACAGUUAUGAUGUGAGCAGUAAUGACAGCUGUGAUCUCGUGGAAUCAUCCAAACUGUACGAACAUAAGGAACUAGAUGGGGAAGUGGAUGAGCAGGGAUUCCUGCCUCUCAGGGUUAACAGGAAAAAUGAGCAAAAUGGAAGAAAAUCUCGAAUGCUGCAGAUGGAGCUAACGAUGCAAGGGGAGACUAGUGCAAGACCCCAGACGAGAGACCUUCCUGUAGAGAGAAACACAAAUCAGACAUAUAGAUCUCAUGAUGAAAUGCAGAAAGAAAUGAAACACGUUAUUAAUAUGUUUGAGUGCAUAGGCGAGGAAGAGAAAAAAAAUGAUUUUGCUUUAAAUGAAAAGGGACAGCUUGGAACUGAACACUACUUUAGCAUAAGUUCAUAUUCAAAAAAAAAGGAGAACGGUAAUGACUAUGAUGAUUCUUAUGACAUGGAAAAGUUGAAAAGUUUACUUUUCUAUUAUCAUCCAUACAUUUGUGAAAGGGCAAGAACUAAGUUUAUCAUUCCUAUGAUUAAACUUCAAAAUGUUAAAGAUAUGGCAAAUAAUAUGGGAAGUUUUUAUUUUAUAAAUAUAUUCCUACGGAACAUUAACAAUGAUUUUGAUAAAAUUGCAUCUCCCACGUCGAUAGCACAGGAAAAACACAAUGUACCAAUCCAGAGGAAGAAAUCAUCACCAUCAUCACAUCAACGUGGUAUUGCUGUAAGAUUAAAAUUGUUCUUUAUUGAUGCUUAUGUUUUUUAUUAUCAAAAAUAUUACUUUUACUAUUAUUAUGUGGAAAAAUUUAAGGACGUCCUUCGAAGGGCCUUGGGUGUCAAGUUCUUUUGA